GGUCAGUUUAUUGCGUUUUUUCUGCACAUUUUUCCUCUGUUUUCAUUUGUCUAAGCAUUAAAAUGGGAGGACACGAUCACCACCAUGAACCAUAUAAAGUACCAAACUACAAAAUCUAUAAAGUCGAUGCACCAGAAUUGGUGCAAGUAGAGAAAUCCCUCGCACGUAUGGGAUUGAAGGAUCCGUGGUUACGAAACGAAGUUUGGAGAUUUGAUAAAAAAGUGUUCGGAACUCACGGAGGUCGUGUUACAAAACUUUUUUUCCGUGGCUUUCCUUUAGGCUUUGGACUUUUUUUGGCAACACUUGGUAUCGAAAAAGCUCUUGGUAUUGAUUGGCAUAAUCCUCGAGGACUGGAAAAAUAUAAACAUCAUCAUGGUGAAGGAGAACAUCAUUGAAUGGUGCAAAAUUUUUAAAUAAUUUGUCUGUAGAAUAAAAAUUUCGUCAACGAAUAAAAAAAAUAUGAAAAAUUAAAUGGAACAUGACUAAGUGAAACUUACAAAGUUUUGUCUCGUGAGACAGACUUUGGUGAUUUAUAAUGUAUAACAAGUUUGUAAAUUAUCAAAGUUUUCACGUUACUUCACGAUUUUCGGUAAAGCACGCAUCAAUAAUCAAAGCGCUCAAUUAUUUUAUGCAAAUAACAAAACUACGUGAUAAUAUUCUUUUCACUUUGAUAAAUAUUAAUAAAAUUAUACACAAACAUCCUUUA